CAGAAUUUUCGAUGGACGUGAAUACAUGAACCUUUGUGGUUGCUUUUAUCAUAUUAUAUAGGUUCUCAAAUGGAAAUUCCCAAAUUAUAUAAAAAAAAAAAUUGUCCUUGGUAUUUGUUUAUUUUGUAGGUAUUGACUAUUAUUACAUUAUGACAGCAGCUGCAGAGUGCAGACACUACAGUACUAUACUACUAUUAGAUAGUCUCGCAGUAACGACUAACGAUUAACAGUAGUGCUAGUGCAGUUAAAACUUCAAAAGUCAUGACCGCUGCUCAGUAGUUGAUGAGCCUUGUUCACAUGGUUUUAUAUUAGAAUGAAUUAACCAUGAUUUAAUUUUAUUAUGAAUAACAAUAUUAACCGUUAGUUAUUAAGUAUUUAUAACAAAUUUUUAUAUCCCAAAGUAUUUGAUUUAAAAACCUUCUAUCACCUAACUUUUAUUUUAUUUUCGUCAAAAAUGAAUCGUAUUAACACUACAAAAGUUAACAUGAUGCCUGUAUUCAAGUAUGAAUGUUUUGAAGAUCCAUUACCAAAUUCAAACAACAAGAAAAAUAAGUUCAAAAACUUUAAACUUUCCCAAAAUCGCUUUCACGAAAAAAAACCUGUAUUUGAUUCAAUGUUUCAAAUUAGUUACAACAAAAAUGUUUGCACUACAAGUACUGUAGAAAAUUUUAUGUCGUUAUAUAAUAAAUUAAAUAAAUUACAAAAAGAUUACACGCCCUUGCACUUAGCUAUUGAAAUGGGUAAUUUGCACUUGAUACAAUUUUUAUUAAGACUUCCUACCAUCAAUGUGAACUCUUUUACGGGUACUGGGUUCACGGGACUACAUUUGGCUAUUAAGUCUGAAAAUGUAACUAUUGUUAAAUAUUUAUGUGAGAAUUCUGAUAUUGAUUUAGAAGCGACAUCAAGUUUUGUUGGUACGCCACUGAUUUAUGCAACAUCAAUUUCAACUCCGAUUAUUUUGAAAACACUAAUUGGUUACGGUGCUGAUGUAAAUAAGACUUUUACAGCAGAUUGCUUGAAUUCUUUGAUGUUAGCCAUACAAAAUCAUAAAAAUGAACACAGUUGGAUAUUGGCUGAGAGUGGUAUUUGCCCUUCACACACAAAUGUAAAAAAAUGGAAUGCUUUACAUUAUGCUGCUUUAUUUCAUGCUUCUACAGAAUUACUGCGAAAGCUUAUAGAAAUAGGUUGUGAUCAAAAUGGUGUUACACGAGAGGGUAACACACCAUUGCAUCAUGCAGUUAUUUCUGGAAAUGUUGAUUCUGUUCAAAUAUUUGUUGAAAUGAAAGCAGAUAUUCACAAAACUGAUGAAAAUGGCUUAACUGCUUUACAUUAUGCUGCAUAUCAAGGGCAUUGGGAAAUUGUAAAAAUAUUAUUAGCUGCUGGUUCUAGACCAAAUAAGAAAACAAACAUCAAAGUAACACCUUUACAUUUUGCAGCCAAACACGAUCGUUUUUUAGUAGUGGAAGAACUAUUAAAAUGCUACAUUGAUGUUAAUGCUAUUACUAUGCAAUGCAAUACGCCAUUACAUUAUGCAGCUUGUAAUGGAAAUGAAAAAAUGGUUGAAACUUUAUUGAAACAUGGAGCCGAUCCAAAUAUUCCAAACAAAGACAAUGAUUUACCUAUACAUCUCGCUUGUUUACGUGGUGCUAUUGAUGCUGUAAAGUUACUAUGCUUGAAUAAAACAAAUAUGGAUUGGCGAAAUAAAAACAAUAUGACACCAUUACACAAUGCCAUCUUAAGUGCUAAUGAAGAUUUGAUAAAGUUUUUAUUAAAUAAAUAUAAAUUUAAUAUUGAUACUGAUUUGUUUAAUGUGGCUCUACGCUCUGGAAAUAUUCACGUAAUUAAAAUCAUGAUUGAUAGAAGUAAUGAAACAUUGUUAAAGGAUGAAGUAUUUUGGUUUAAGAUAAUUAGUUUUUCUAGAUCUUUAGAAAUAAUUAAGUUAUUUGUUAAACGUGUUCAACCACCUGUUUCAGUUAUAGCAAAUCUAGUAGGAUAUGCUACACAAUUAGGGCAAUGUGAUACUGCCCGAUUCUUACUAGAAUAUGUUAAGACAUGGGAUGAUCUUCUUGAUGAAGAAGGAAAUACAGCAUUAUACUACGCAAUAUUUAAAAAUGAUAUUGAAUUAGUACGUUUACUGAUAGAAAAAGGUUCAAAUGUGAACCACAUAAAUGAUGCUGGUAUUACGUUAUUACAAUCUGCAUCAAAAAAUGGUAAUACAGAAAUUAUGAAGUUGUUAUUGAAGAAUUGGACUACAUGUUAUACUUCAAAUAACAAUAUUAAUUUAUAAAAUAUUACUAUCUCUUUCACAUAUUGUAACAUAUUAAUUAUUUGGACUCAAAAAAGUGAAAUUUUAUUUUAAAAUUAUAUACCUUAAGUUAUUUUAUAUUUUAACUAUUUUUAGACUUAAAUCAAUUAAUUGUAUUAAUAAGUAAAUCUUUUUAAUGAGACAUUUUAUAACAUUAAAAUAUAAUACUAUUCAUUUUGCAACUCAAUUAAUGUUUGUGAUAAAAUUUUUGUGCUUAUUAUUUAUUUUUUUUUUACAUUUGAUUGUCUCAUCAUAGAGUAUUAUUUAAAUAUUAAUUAUUUUUUAUUAACAUAUUUUUUAACAUUCGUAUAAUUGAAAUUGUAUAAGAAUUAUUUUUAAUUGAGAAUGUAUUAUUAAUUAUAGUAACUUAUUGGAGUAUUAAUUAUAUCACAGAACACUGUCUAGUACAUCAUUUUAUAAAAUGACUUAAACAAUUUUGUUUUUUAUUUACUAAAAUGUCGACUUACUGAUUUAUUUAAUUUUUUUUUAUUUUAUAUUUAUAUUUAAAAAUUCUAAAAUAAUUUUUACUAAGUAUAAAAUAUUUCAAUUCAAUUAUAAAUUUUUGUAUAAAAAGGAUUUUUAUUGUAAGC